GGCGCUGCCGCUCCCCCGGCGAGGUUUGGCCGCUCUGCCGGCCCGUAGCGGCGGUGGCGCCGGGCGGGAAGUGCGAGCGGGGCGAAGGAGCGAUUCCCGGCUCAGGGAUGCCUGAAAGCCAGGGGAAAGAUGGCAAAAGCUCCAGCAGCAGCAACAGUUCCAGCACUGGCAGUUCAGGUGCUUCCUUCGGACAGUAUCACUACACAGCCAGUGAAUACCAGGCCAUCCAGCACGCUCUUCGGCAGAGGCUGGGCCCAGAUUAUAUCAGCAGUCGCCAGGCUGGAGGAGGACAAAAGGUCUGUUACAUUGAGGGUCACAAGGUCAUCAGUCUGGCCAACGAGAUGUUUGGCUUCAAUGGCUGGGCUCAUUCAGUCACUCAGCAGAACGUUGACUUUGUUGACCUCAACAAUGGCAGGUUCUAUGUGGGUGUCUGUGCUUUUGUCAAAGUUCAGCUUAAGGAUGGGUCAUACCAUGAAGAUGUGGGAUAUGGAGUCAGCGAAGGCCUGAAGUCCAAGGCCUUAUCCUUAGAAAAGGCAAGAAAGGAGGCAGUAACAGAUGGACUGAAGAGGGCACUCAAGUGCUUUGGGAAUGCUCUUGGGAACUGCAUCCUAGACAAGGACUACCUACGAGCCGUGAAUAAGCUUCCACGUCAGGUACCCCCUGAGUUAAAUUUGGUCACAGCUAAAAUACAGGACUAUGAGCCUGAAAUAGAGAAAGCGAGGUACACCAGCUAUUUGGAAAGGCAGAACACAGCAGGGGAACACUCUGAGGUAGCACCUCACUGUGAGCCUGGUCAGAGGGAGGCUGCUAUAGUGACAGUAGAUCAGAAACAGCCAAAUGGUCCCAGGGAUAGGAACACAGACUCCUUGGCUAUGGAGUGUGAUGCCACUUACCAGCGGAAAUUGCGGCAGAAGCAGCUACAGCAACAGUUCCGGGAACAGAUGGAGAAAAAGCAUCAGGUUGCAGCAGUUACUCCCAACAGCAAACAGGCAGCAUCUGAUCCUCCCAUAAAGCACAGCACUCCAGCAGUACAACAGGAACUAGCAAUAGAAGAGGAGUUCUUUGCAGAUGAUCCUGAACUCUGGGACAUUUCCUUGGAGAGCACUGAUCUUAAGGUAACAGGUCCCCAGGUGGCAGACCCAUCAUCAGCUGGACACCAGACACCUAAAACAGCCCACGGACCUCACCCGACGAGGACCCGUAACCGGACACCUCACAGAACAAACCACCACAAAGCCUCUGCCAGACUCGCACAACUGCAGCCACCUGCUACACUCACGAGCAACAGCAGUGCCAGCCCAGGGUGCAGCCCCCUCAGGAGAAGUCAGAGCUUGAAGAAAAGGAGACUGGAACCUCCGUAAGGCACCCAGUGGUAUCCGUACCUCCAUCACAGGACCGCAGUUGGCUUUUCAAAUUAUGUCAAAUGGACUUUGCUGCAUAUUAUGGUGAAGCAACAGAGAAGAGUUUCGUACAGCCAGCAAGAACUUCAUGUACUUUUAGGUUAUUGCAUAUUUCAGAUGCCUUUUUCUAUAAACAAGCAAUCAUUUGUGCUUCUGCAGCACUGGUGGAUGCUACGUGUAAUUUGCCUGAAACAGGAACAGAAUGAAUUGUUAAAAAUGAGAUAUAAUUAAUAGCUUCUCUCUCUCUCCCUCAGUGCUACAGUUCAGCACAGAGGAAAGAGAUUUUUAGUGAAAUGGGGAGCAGGUGGGUUACGGUCAGAGGACAGAACAUCUGAGCUGUGGCUGCCCAUCCGGCGAGGCUGAGGGUGUGACGCUGUGGCAGCAUCUGAGGUGCAGCCCAGCCUUUUCCCUGUGGCUGCACAAACAGGGUCAGAGCCCAUCACUCUUCCUCAGCCUGUUCCUCAGCCAUCCCAGGCAGCAGCAGCAGCACCUCCACUUCCAGCCCUGCCUGUGGCACAGGGCAGGAGCACACCAGGACUGCUGCCAGCACUGUGUGGCAUCACAGACAGUGUUUGAUCGGAUCCUUUGUGAAAUGAAUGGGAGCUGCACUUCUGUUUUUAAAUAAGCUUUCGACCCUUGUCAAUACAGAAAUAAACAUGAAAUUUGCAAAGCAAACCACGCUGGGAGCUGUUUGUGUCUCUGUGCCCUUCCAGCCUUUACAACUCGCUCCCUGUUUGACAGCCUCAAAGGAGUUAACAUGUUCCAAAUGGAAGCUAAAGAGGAACCACCGUGUCUGCACAACCUCACGUUUGCUUUAGGAUGGGCAAACAGAAAACCUCACAGGGUUUAAAGGUGAGAGCAAAGCCAACAGCUGUUCCUUCUAGUAAGAAGGUCAAAGGAAGAAUUUUUAAGUACUAUUGGAAUAAUACUCCUGUAUCCAUUUGGAGCAGCUCCACGCUGUAAAGGGAGGAGUUCUGCUGGGCUGAACUAUCUGUUCUCUUCCUCUCUAGUGAAGUGGUUCAGCUGUAGCUCCACCACCAAAUCAGGGUUCAGGCACCUGUGCUGGCAGCACUGCUCCUGGCAGGGUGGUUCCACCUUCCCCAGGAGGGAAGCCUGGUAACUGCAAUUCCCACCUGCAGUGCUGGAAGUAAAGAGGAUGAUACUGUGUGACUGGAAUUUACAGCUGGACCAGGAAAAUUUACAUAAACCCUGGGAUUAGUCCAACCCUGACAUCAACGUCAGGCUUGAAACAGGACCCUAUUCCUGUGCUUUGCCAUCACUGCCCUGUCUAAAUGUGAACACAUUUGAAACAUCCAGCAUUUAUUCCUAUUCCUCCUACAGUGCCUUUACCACUUAAUCAGUCCUUUCCCCUUAAAUAUCCUCUACUGUCCACUUACCUCCUCAACAGGACAAGGAACAGCACAGAAAGACAGGACAAGCUGUAAUUAAUGGUAAUAGAUUAUAUCUAAAAACAAGUUGCACAUUUCACCGUACUCAUUUCUUGCCAAUUCAGUGCUGCCUUCGGAACAGCUCAGGGAAGAAACACAUUCCACAUAUUUGAGUCAUGCACUCGCUGUUGAAACCAUAUACCUGCUAGGAAGGAAGGCAACGUGCAGACAUUCAGAAUUGCUGAAUUCAAAGCCGCUCCACACUUCUACAAUGAAAAACAUUCAAAAGUCUCAUAUAAAUGUAACUGCCUCAGCUUUCUUGACUCUGGAAACAGUGCCAGUGUAGCUGUGCCUCCUCUAAGAGAGAUCAUCACAAGGAGCUUCUCAGGAUUGGUCCCUUUGAAAAGGGCAGGAAAACUUAUACUUGGAGCUUUUUUUUCCCUUUGAGGCCUUGCGCAGCAUGAGUCAUAACAGAAGCUGCUCUUAAAAUGGAAAGAAAUGCAGCAGCAAUUAGUGUUUAGAAAUACCAAAUUCCUCCAAGUCUAAAGUUGAGAAUGACCGUAUGAAGCAUUCCCACAAAUCUAAGGAUUGAAUUCCUGUUGUAGAGCUCAGCGAGUUCCUUCUCACCAGCCCCACAGGUGCACGUCCCUGCUCCUGUCCACCCCAGAGCAGAGGGCAGGGGAGCCCACAGAGGGAGAGUCCCCAGGAAGGGCGCUCCCCCCUCCCUUGCAGCGCUCCCCACUCUUACUUCACUGCCAAAACCAAGCACAGGACCUCACCAGCGACGCUCCCUCCACCUGUGCUUCUGACAGGGGAGCCACCAAGUUCUUGUCUGCCAGAGCUGAGUGUGUUUGGCAAGUCUGUGACAUUCCCAGCCAUAAAGGCAGUCCCACAGCUGAUCCAUUAUCCUGCACAGCUUCUCCCUCCCACUCCCUCAGGCCGCUCCUCUCCUAAAGAUUCAUUCUACGAAUUAUUCCUUGUAGUACCUUGCUUUGGAGUGUCCUAUUAAAGGCCAAAGGCUUGUGGCUGGUCACUGCUUUUGAGAAGUGAAGGGUCUCAUUAAACUGGGUUUCUUGUACUUUCCUGUGAUAAACUGACAAAUUGGGUAACAGUCCCAUCACUGCAGGAAGAGGAUGGAAGGGCUGGAACCUGCUUUUCAACAAGAAAUCCCGCAGCUCAACAAAAGCAGGUUUGGUUUAUCUGAGUGGCUUCAUUCAACAGUCUGCAAAGGUGACAGACCGGAGCACAGGGCGCAGUCGUACGAGAAGCGCAGUGCCUGGGUUUAGUGCAAAACAUACGACUAACUACGGCCAGGGAAGCCCCAAGUUUCAAUUCAUUUUAUUUUUUUUUAUUUUUAUUUUUUACAGUGUACAUUGUUAAAUAAUGUAAAGAAAACGCUUGUAAUUCAGAAACAGAUUUUAUGUGGAAAAAGAUACUCAAAGUGUAAUAUUAAACAAAAUAAUUUAACAGUUCAGUAGCAUUAGUUUAUUCCUCUAGACUUCAGUUAUUCAUCCACAGGAGGAGAGGGAGGGAGGGGGAAAAAAAAAAAGAAAA